CGUGACACCGGAAGGUGUGAGUGAGUCAUCUUCGUGCAGAGACGAUCUCUGAGCUCCACCAUCUCUUUCGGUAGUCGGUGAUUGAAGCAGCUCCCGGAGCUUUCACACAUUUCACCGACAGCUUCCUCCGGAUCCAGGACCUGCGGUGUUCUGGGUCUGGGUGCAGGUGUGACUCGGGUGCCCCCCACCCCGCUCAGGCCCACACGUGACCGCGGUGAUGCCGACAGCUCGCAGACGCCAAACCGACAAGAAUCCGUGAAGCAUCAUGGGAGCUGGCAGAUGGACGAGCCGGCCGAGGGCCAAUCAGAGCCUGUGACACACACACACACUAUGGAACAAGCCUUCAGCUUAAAUACGCUGGGACAAUACACACUAAUCAACAGUUGGACUAAGAAGCUGGCGGCGGAGCCGGACUACACGGACGUCUCGCUGCCGGCGGCGCAGCGCGUGCGAGCGUUAGCUAAGAUCGGCAGCAGCGUGGAGAUCAACCAGGACGUGGCGCCCUGGCGCUACUUCCGCUCCGGCGUGGAGAUGGAGCGCAUGGCGGAGGUCUACCUGCAGGAGGGCAGCCUGGAGAACGCCUACGUGCUCUACACCAAGUUCAUCACUCUGUUUGUAGAGAAGCUGCCCGCUCACAGGGACUACCGGCUCUGCAGCCUUCCAGAGAAGCAGCUCAUCAUGCAGAAACUUCAGGAAGUGGCUUUUCCUCGUAAAGACGAGUUGAAGAAAUGUCUCCAGGAGAAAUACAGCAGUGAACACACAGAGUACCUCAGAGCCCAGAGCCCGGCAGCAGUGGUGGUGGAUGUGUGUGGUCAGCAGCUGCAGCGCCUCUCCCUAUUGGGCGAGGACAGGAGGCGCUACCUGCUAUUGGAGGAGGAGCGUCAGCGUGUUGCUGCCCUGCGACGCAUGCAGAUUGAAUCGGAGCAGUUCCGCUACUUUGAGGACCAGCUGAGGCGUCAGGAACUGGCCAAUAGGAGAGGAGAGGAGGAGGAGCAAAAGGUGGAGAACAAAGUGUCUGAGGUGACAGACGGCUCCUGUCUGCCUCAGCAGCCAAUCAGAGACGGCGUACGACCCCAGGAGGCGGACCUUAACAGGAACAGACCGCCAGCGCCCAUCAGCCAACCAGCUGCCACGCUGGCCGGAGUACACACUCAGAGGGUGGAGGGUUUGAGGCGGGUGGUGAUUCCCAGAGACCUGAUGUAUCGGUUCCUCCUGCUGGCCGACUCCAACACAGCCAGAGGGAUCGAGACCUGUGGAGUCCUCUGUGGACGACUGACACACAACGAGUUCCUGCUGACUCACGUCGUGGUCCCCAAACAGUCGGCCGGUCCAGACUUCUGCGACAUGGAGAACGUGGAGGAGCUGUUCGGUUUCCAGGACCAGCAGAGCCUGCUGACGCUCGGCUGGAUACACACCCAUCCCACUCAGACGGCCUUCCUCUCCAGCGUCGACCUUCACACUCAUUGCUCUUAUCAGCUGAUGCUGCCUGAAGCCGUCGCCAUCGUGUGCGCUCCCAAACACAACGAUACCGGUGUGUUCAGGUUAACGGAUCCCGGGAUGUCCGAGGUUUCUGUCUGCAGACUGAAGGGGUUCCACCCUCACUCCAAGGAGCCGCCUCUCUUUAGUGUGUGUAAACACGUGGUUUUGAGGGACUCGAAGAUCAGCCUGCUGGACCUCAGGUGACAGACAGGAGGCGCUGUCUGUCCUUUUACUGCUGGCUGUCUUUAACCUCUGAAGAGGAAACUGUGAACACAUUGCCAUUGUGUGUGUGUUUUAACAAAGUCACUGUUGAUGUAUUUAAAUUGUUCUACAAAAUGUUUGCUUUGCUUUUAAAACCAGCUGUAAAUAUAUAUAAAUCUAUAUUUUUGCAGUUUUUCCUGCAGUGAAACAUCUGAUGUGUUUUAAUGAAGAACAAACGGAUGGCGUGACGUUGAGUGCCUUCUUAAGAAAAGUCGACAUGCGUAACGCAGACGCUCUCUCGUUCCCUGAAGCGUAAAGCAGACGCUCUCUCGUUCCCUGAAGCGUAAAGCAGACGCUCUCUCCUUCCCUGAAGCGUAAAGCAGACGCUCUCUCGUUCCCUGAAGCGUAAAGCAGACGCUCUCUCGUUCCCUGAAGCGUAAAGCAGACGCUCUCUCGUUCCCUGAAGCGUAAAGCAGACGCUCUCUCCUUCCCUGAAGCGUAAAGCAGACGCUCUCUCCUUCCCUGAAGCGUAAAGCAGACGCUCUCUCGUUCCCUGAAGCGUAAAGCAGACGCUCUCUCCUUCCCUGAAGCGUAAAGCAGACGCUCUCUCCUUCCCUGAAGCGUAAAGCAGACGCUCUCUCGUUCCCUGAAGCGUAAAGCAGACGCUCUCUCCUUCCCUGAAGCGUAAAGCAGACGCUCUCUCCUUCCCUGAAGCGUAAAGCAGACGCUCUCUCGUUCCCUGAAGCGUAAAGCAGACGCUCUCUCGUUCCCUGAAGCGUAAAGCAGACGCUCUCUCCUUCCCUGAAGCGUAAAGCAGACGCUCUCUCCUUCCCUGAAGCGUAAAGCAGACGCUCUUGUUCCCUGAAGCGUAAAGCAGACGCUCUCUCGUUCCCUACGACGUAAAGCAGACGCUCUCUCGUUCCCUGAAGCGUAAAGCAGACGCUCUCUCCUUCCCUGAAGCGUAAAGCAGACGCUCUCUCGUUCCCUGAAGUGUAAAGCAGACGCUCUCUCCUUCCCUGAAGCGUAAAGCAGACGCUCUCUCGUUCCCUGAAGCGUAAAGCAGACGCUCUCUCGUUCCCUGAAGCGUAAAGCAGACGCUCUCUCGUUCCCUACGACGUAAAGCAGACGCUCUCUCGUUCCCUGAAGCGUAAAGCAGACGCUCUCUCCUUCCCUGAAGCGUAAAGCAGACGCUCUCUCCUUCCCUGAAGCGUAAAGCAGACGCUCUCUCGUUCCCUGAAGCGUAAAGCAGACGCUCUCUCGUUCCCUGAGGCGUAAAGCAGACGCUCUCUCCUUCCCUGAGGCGUAAAGCAGACGCUCUCUCGUUCCCUGAGGCGUAAAGCAGACGCUCUCUCGUUCCCUGAAGCGUAAAGCAGACGCUCUCUUGUUCCCUGAGGCGUAAAGUAGACGCUCUCUCGUUCCUUGAGCCGUAAAGCAGACGCUCUCUCGUUCCCUGAAGCGUAAAGCAGACGCUCUCUCGUUCCCUGAGACGUUUUUGUCUCCUUCAGGCAGGGUUAGAGUGUGUGUGUGUGUGAGAGAGUGGGUGUGUGUGUGUGAGAGUGUGUGUGUGAGUGUGUGUGUGUGUACUGUUUUUAAAACAGCCGUAUCUAGUUGGAGAUUCUCUCUGAACACAGUUGAAGGUAGAAGUGAAAGCAGUUGAAGUGGAUCACGUUUACAUGAAGCAGAAGAAUCAGAAACCAGAUCUGAAGAAAGUGAACGACAUUGAAGCGUUGAAAUAAACAAACAGUUUAUCUUGUA